AUGAACAAUAUCUCAGUGGUGACAGAAUUUCUUCUCUUGGGUUUUUCUGGCCCAUGGAGGUUUCAGUUCUUACAAGCUGGGUUUUUAAUAGUAAUUUACCUGGCAGCCCUAAUGGGGAAUGGCCUCAUUAUCACCAUAACAUCCUUAGACCCACGCCUCCACACACCCAUGUACUUCUUCUUAAAGAAUCUGUCCCUGUUUGAUAUUUGCCUCAUUUCAGCUGUCGUGCCCAAAACUGUUAUCAACUCUUUGACCCACAGGAAUUCCAUCUCAUUUCUUAGUUGUGUUGCCCAGGUGUUUCUGGUGCCUUUUUCAGCAGUGGCAGAGCUGUUCCUCCUCACAGCAAUGUCGAUCGACCGCUAUGCUGCCAUUUGCCAUCCCCUGCACUAUGAAGUCAUUAUGAACAGGGGCAUGUGUGUCCAGGUGGUGGCUCUAUCCUGGCUCAGUGGUGGCUUGCUAUCUGUUAUGCACACAGCAGGAACCUUUUCCUUAUCUUACUGUGGCCUCAACAAAAUCCGACAAUUCUUCUGUGAUAUUCCCCAGUUGUUAGCUAUUGCUUGCUCAAAGAAUAUAACCUCAGAAAUUGUGCUUAUUCUUAUGAAUGCAGUCCUGGAUUUCUGUUGCUUUACAUGCAUCGUAAUCUCAUAUAUCUAUAUCUUCUCCACUGUCAAAAAGAUUCCAUCCACAGAAGGGCAGUCAAAAGCCUACUCCACCUGCCUCCCACACCUGGCAGUUGUCACACUUUUUCUUUCAACUGCUUUUAUUGCUUACUUGAAACCUAUUUUAGAGUCUACAUCAUUCAUAGAUCUCAUUCUAUCUUCUUUCUAUAUUUUGCUGCCCCCUUCCCUUAAUCCCAUCAUAUACAGCCUAAGAAACAAGGCCAUGAAGGCAGGUUUAGAUAAGUUGCUCACUAGGAAGCUCUUGACAAAAGAGAAUGUCCUUAUCUUUCUCCAAGCAUAG